AUGAGGACUGCGGCGGCGGCGGCGCCGCCGCCGCCCGCCGCCGUCGUUCCGGCGCCGUUGAUCGGGGAGGUGCAGUUGCGCGUCGCAGAGCAGCGUCUACAAGCGCUGGCGGGCCUGUCGGAGAAAACGCGUCGAGAGAAUCGGGAUCGAGCCCAACGACUCGCUGACCUACAGUUGGCUUCCGAAUCCUUGAAGGACAAGAUCAAUGCGUUUCAGGAGCAGGGCGGCGAUCAGGCGGCGGCGCCGCCGCAGACCCGCGCCCGCGCAAGCCUGGCAAGAGGCGGGCGGCCGCCCGCCCCGCUCGCCGCCGCGGCCGCGGCGCCGAGGCCCGAGGACGCCGGGAGGAUCGCAUGGGAGUCGACCGACGACCUCCAGCACUCUCCCGGCAGCGAGGCGCCGACGCCGCAGGCCUGGGCGAGCGCUGCGCCUGCGAGCAGGACCCCUGGCGCCGCCUCCCUGACGCGCACUCGCUCUAGCAGGUCCAUGCCGCCGGCUUCGCCGUCUGCGGGGAGCCGCGCCACAGCGGCUCCGGAGCCGAGCCCGUCGACCCCCGCGGCGAGCGCGAGGAGCCCGCACACGUCAGCGAGCGCCACCCCGGCCACGAGCUGGUCCCCGAGCCGGCUGCUGGGGGACCACACGGCCGAAUGGACGCCGGCGCGCGGAGGCGAGGCCCUGGAGAGGCGGCGCCGGCUGGAGAGGCGCGGCGGCGACGGCCUGCCUCGGGAGGCGUCGGAGGCUGCCUCCGUGGGCGCGGCGGCGGCUGCGGGCCUGGCAGCGAAGGGGGCGAAGGCCGUCAAGACCUCGCUCAAGGAGAACCUGGGCAGCUUCACCGCGUCCACGCACACCUUCCAGGACGGCCUCGCGGUUGUCACGGUCUGUCGGCUCGCGGAGGGGGGCUUCGGGGAGGUGCUGAAGUGCCGCGACCAGAGGUCCGGGAAGGAGUACGCCAUGAAGGUCAUCCACUGCCAGGAGGGCGUGCAGGUUGCCAGCACUCUCCGGGCCGCGGAGCUCGAGGCGAAGGUCCUGAGGGGCCUGCCGGCGCACCCCAACAUCAUCCAGUGCGUGGGCCACUCCGUCGAGCGGGUGCCCGGGACUGGCAACGGGGUCGUGAAGUUGGUGCUGGAGCUCUGCCCCGGCGGCACGCUGAUGGACUACAUGGACCGCAAGAACGGCAAGCUGGCCGCGAAGGAGAUCAUGGAGCCGCUCGCACAGAUCGCUUCCGCGGUGAGGCACAUGCACUCGCAGAGGCCACCGAUCCAGCACCGCGAUCUGAAGGUGGAGAACGUGCUCAAGGCCGUGGACGGCAGCUGGAAACUCUGCGAUUUCGGAUCCUGCAGUGUGGAGAGCGUGCCGGCCAAGGAGAUGAGCCGCGCGCAGAUCAUGGCAAUCCAGGAGGACAUCGACAAGACGGUGACGAUGCUGUACAGGCCUCCCGAAAUGGUGGAUCUCGAGCUGAAUUUCCGGAACGGCUACGCCAUCACUGAGCUGGUCGACCUUUGGAUGAUCGGGUGCAUUUUGUUCACGCUGGCCUUCUACAUGCACCCAUUCCAGGACAACGCGAGCCCCGCGGGCAUCCAGAACGCGAGGUUCUUCAUCCCCACCGACCACGACAUGGCCAAGAGCCCGAAGUUCUGCGCCCUGAUCCACUGGCUGCUGGCGCCGGAUCCGAACGACCGGCCGUCGAGCGCCCGGCUCUGCGACGUCAUCAGGGAUCUCCCGAAGACGGGGUACGAGGAGCUCUUCGGCUGGCUGCCGCCGUCGGUGCAGGCGAAGCAGCGGAAGUUCGCCGACACCGCGGCGAAGCAGGCGCGGCAGGGCUCCGCGGCGGACGAGGAGAUCACUCCUGAGAUGGCGAGGGCGCUCGCCGCCGGCAAGGGCCGGCCCGCGGCAGGCCGGAGGACCCCCGGUGGCGCGGGCGCGGACUCGCCGCCGCCGGCCGGCCUGGCGCAGCAGCGGGGCUCCAGCGUGGCCUUUGACCUCUCGGGCAGCCAGCCCGCGCGGCCCAGCUCUGGGGCGGUGGCGCCCGCGCCGCCCAUGGACGACCUGCUGGGCUUCGGCGGCGCGCCUGCGCCGCCCGCCCCGCAGGUGGUGGCGCGGGGGAAGUCCGCGCCCGCCGUGAACGACAGCGACCUGCUGGCGUUCAUCGGUGGCGACGCGCCGCCGGCGCCUGCGCCGGCGGUGCGGCACGUGUCUGCGCCAGCGGCGCAGCAGGGCAACCUGCUCGGCUUCGACGCGCCAGCGCUCGUGCACCAGCCGCCUUCGGCGGCGGUGCCGGCGGGUGCGGCGCAGGACGGCGCCUUCUGGGCCGCCGACUUCGCCGACUUCAGCGCGGGGCCACCGGCGCCGCAGGCCGCGCUGGCGCCCGCGGCUGGCGGCGGCUUUGCCCCGCCGGCGCAGGGAGGCGGCGGCGAUCUGCUGAGCUUCGGGGAGGACUUCGCGGACUUCGCCCGCGCCCCGCCGCCCAAGGUGUCCGGGUCGCAGGGCCUCGGUCUGGGUGCCGCCACGGCGGCGCCGGCCACGGGCAACUUGCUCGAUUUCUGA